AUGGUUUACAUGAAGAAUCAAUUCAUCAUGCACUAGAUUAUAUUUUGACAGGUUUAAUGUGUUGUAAAAGCAGUAAACCUGCACAGCAGGUACAUUUCUGAAACCACUAAAUGAAAAUCUCAGCAUCCACGAGGGGAUAGAAAGUACAGUAUGGGGUGGCUGCUGUAAAGAUAACGUGGGCCCCUUAGAGCGUGACACAGGUGAAACUAUAACACAAGCAAUUCUGCAGACGCUGGAAAUCCACACACAGAAUGCUGGAGGAACUCAGCAGCUCAGACAUCUAUGGAAUGAAUGAACAUUUGGCAUCUCGGGCCGAGACACUUCUUCAGGUGAAACUAUACUGAGCAAUAAGGAAAUGGUAGAGGAAUUAAACAAAUGUGUUGUGUCUGUCUUUUGAAUAUAUUAAUUUUAGAACAGAACCACAAGAGGGGGAAUGGGGAAUCCACUGUUCAUUUAACCAGACCUCUAUCUACCUGGUGCCAUUUUCCAACAAGGCUACAGCUGAUACACAGAUCUAUUUUGUGUUUCAAAUGAACACACUGAAUAGACAAUGUUGAACAUUCUCUCAGCAGAGAAAUUUGUCUGUUCUGGUCCAACCACUGACAUUGUGGUCAAGAAUGCAAAACAGCAUCUCUCCUUUUUCAAAGGCAAAAGAAAUUAGUCACUUUCCCACUGACUCUCACUAAUUUUUCAUUAAAUUAAAGGCAUCCGUUAGUCUUGCGAGACCAUGGAUCUGCGCCUGGAAAGUCUUCACUCUUCAGGGCGCAGGCCUGGGCAAGGUUGUAUGGAAGACCAGCAGUUGCCCAUGCUGCAAGUCUCCCCUCUCCACAACACCAAUGUUAUCCAAGGGAAGGGCAUUAGGACCCAUACAGCUUGGCACCAGUGUCGUCGCAGAGCAAUGUGUGAUUAAGUGCCUUGCUCAAGGACACAACACGCUACCUCGGCUGGGGCUCGAACUCACGACCUUCAGGUCGCUAGUCCAAUGCCUUAACCACUUGGCCACGUGCCUACACUAUAAAUGCAUUGUAAACCAGAUCCUAUCCGGAUCACCAUAAACCAUAUCCUAUCCGGAUCACCAUAAACCAUAUCCUAUCCGGAUUACCAUAAACAACAUCCACAUCCUAUCGAGAUCACCAUAAGCCACAUCCACAUCACCAUAAACCAGAUCCUAUCCAGAUUACCAUAAACCACAUCCUAUCUGGAUUACCAUAAACCACAUCCACAUCCAAUCCAGAUCACCAUAAACCAGAUCCUAUCCAGAUCACCAUAAACCACAUCCACAUCCAAUCCAGAUCACCAUAAACCAGAUCCUAUCCAGAUCACCAUAAACCACAUCCACAUCCAAUCCAGAUCACCAUAAACCAGAUCCUAUCCAGAUCACCAUAAACCAGAUCCUAUCCGGAUCACCAUAAACCACAUCCUAUCCGGAUCACCAUAAACCACAUCCUAUCCGGAUCACCAUAAACCACAUCCUAUCUAGAUACACCAUAAACCACAUCCUAUCUAUCUGGAUGCAUCACCACUUCUCUGCCCAUGACCUCAAGGUUAGAUCAAAACCAGCCUCCCCUUCAUAAAGUCUAUCUACAUUUCUCAUCAACUUAGUAAAAUAGCAACAUAAUCAAAGACUCCUCCAACACCCCCCCCCAAACAUUCUCUUUUCUUCCCCAUCCCAUCGGGCAGAAGAUUAAAAACAGCUUGAAGGCACCUGCAACCAGGCUCAACGACUGCUUCCGUCACACUGUUACAAGGGUCCCUAUUACAAUAUGAUGGACUCAGAACCUCACUUUAUCAGGGAUCCCCAACCUUUUUUGCACUGCGGACCAGUUUAGUAUCGACAAUAUUCUUGCGGACCGGCCGACCCGCAGUGGGGGUGGGGGCAGGUAGGGUUGCCAACGGACAAGAGUAGCAGUCAAAUACAUUGCGUUUACCCCCAAAAAAGACUACAAUGACCAUGAAGCCUUGCACAGGCACCAGUGCGCAUGUGAGUCGUGACCUGCAAAUCCUUUUUGGCGAUUCUGUUCGGGGGGGGGGUGGUGUUAAUCACGACCGGAAUAUAGUUGAUAAGUGGUUAAUACACUCAAUUUUGUUUCUAAAAGGGUUUUAUCUAACAAAUUUAAUAUUAAACACACAAAUAUUUUCCUUGCAUGAAUAUAGUGAUAAGACAAUCAUCAGGGGAGCUUGAAGUAAGUGUUGAACGAACUUCCAGUAGAAGUGGUAGAGGCAGGUUCGAUUAUUAUCAUUUAAAGAAAAAUUGGAUAGGUAUAUGGACAGGAAAGGAAUGGAGGGUUAUGGGCUGAGUGCAGGUCGGCGGGACUAGGUGAGAGUGGCGUUCAGCACGGACUAGAAAGGCAGAGAUGGCCUGUUUCCGUGCUGUAAUUGUUAUAUGGUUAUAUAAGUAAGUCAAUAGCAUCAUAACAUUUUAAGUAACGUUUGGAUAUUAAACACACAGCACAUAUUUUCCCCAUAUAAACAUAUAAAAUCAUUGCAACACACCAGUAUCGCUGAAUCAGUGGGAGCCCUGGACUUGUUACCCUGCAACAAGACGGUCCUAUCGAGGGGUGACGGGAGACAGCGAUACUCGAAGGGGGUUCCUUAUGUCCAGUCUAUUCUGCAAUUUAGUUUUUGUUGCAUUCAUUGCAGAAAACCCCGCUUCGCAGAAAAAUGUUGGAAAUGGAAGGAAUGUUUUCAGUGCUUUCGUGGCUAUCUCAGGAUAUUCAGCCUUGACUUUGAUCCAGAAUGCCAACAGAGGUGUUAUGUCAAACAUACUUUUCAGCCCGCCGUAAUUUGCAAGCUCGAGUUGAUCUCCUUCCCGCGCUGACAUGGAUGACGCGCGGGUAAUGACCUCGCAUGCGUAAUGGCUCAAAAGUGACCCUGACUGGAAAUGAGGAAAGGUCCAGCUGACUCCUAUUGCUAAAACAUAUCGUUUCCUCGUGGCCCGGUAGCACAUGCUUUGCGGCCAGGUACCGGUCCGCGGCCCGGUGGUUGGGGACCACUGCUAUAUACUAUAUACCUCACUCACCAUCUACCUAAUUAAGACCUUGCACCUUACUGUCUGCCUACACUGAACUGUCUGAGUAACUGCAACACAUCAUUCUGCAUUUUGUCAUUGCCCUCACUAUGAUGCAAUAAAUCUUUAUGAAUGGCACAUAAACCCCAGAUUUUCACUGCACCUCAGUCCAUGUGACAAUAAUAAACCAACUCACCAUUUUUCUCACCCCAUUCCCAAGCCCUACACUCCUCAGUCUGGAAACUCCUCCCACAUCCAGCCUGCUGAGUUCCUUAAUUUAUUUUCUGAGUUUCUGUGAGCUCUUUUCUCAUUCCUCUGGACUGCAGAGACCACAGCCAAACCUAACCUGCCCUUUCCUCACACAGUAAACCCACCAUCCCAGGACCAGACUGGUGAAUCUUCACUCCACUCCUAGUAUUUUCAAAAGGUGAGGGAUUUUUUUUAAGAUGAUGCCAAGCUGCAGUCAGUGUCGAGAUUGUGGUUUUUAAGUUCAGCUAUUUUUUAAGCUCUAAGGAAUGGUUUAGGGGACAGAGAGGGGAGUUUAGGAAGGUUAGAGAUCAGAUUAAGUGUAUAUUUCGAUCUACAUGUGAUAACUAAAGCUGAAUUACAUGGGAAGGUCUCUCUCUCCCCACCCCCCUUGAAAAAUUCUCAUAGUCUGUCUCCUUGACGCAAGUCUAAAAUCUGGGUAAGCCACGAUCCCCAAACAUCCCACUGAUUACUCCCAAUAUAUUCGGCAGUGCUCACAGGCAGGUGUUGGGGGGGAGGGGGGACUCUUGUGGAAUUUUCUAUGGAAUGACUAUGUGCAAACUAACUGAAAAUACAAGCAACCGUGUGACUGCGGCUUUGAUUGUUUGCUAAACCAGUAUCAAUUGCAAGGUAUUAAAUCUACUCAAUAUCUCCAGGAUACACUCUGAUGGGAUUGGUUGUGAUGGCUGCCAUGGGCCGAAGGACCUGUUUCCAUGCUGUGGAUUGUAUCAUUUUGAUCAAGUAUGGAACAAAACACCAGCAGCAAGAUGGGUACCCGAACUAAUCAGUUCAUCACGUCUGUCUCCAGCCAACAGUGCAUGUCUAAACUCAGUGUCUGGAAAAGCUUGACAAUGCCGAAGGCAAAUAAAGCCAAGACCGCCGACUGCCAAACUACCGAAGUUAGUGCUAACAACGGGUCUGUAAAGAACUUCUCCACGUCUGAGAUACCGUCAGAUAAAACUUACGCCGUGUGUAAGGAAAUAGGUCAGGAGAUUUCUGAGUCAGUUCUGCGUGGCAUUAACGGCCGCUUUGAUGUUUUUGAGACCAAGUUUCAGACGCUUGUGGCCUCACAGGCUGACUUACAAGCCCGUGUGGCUAAUCAAGAACUAACCGCUUGCGACCUCGAAGCACGUGUGCAAGAGCUUGAAGCUAAGUAUUCAGAGCUAAUGAGACAAAACAGCCAGCUUGAAGCUAAAGUGCAUGACUUAGAGGCUCAUUCCCGGAGACAUAACAUUAAGAUUGUAGGGAUACAGGAGGGCGAGGAGGAUGGUAAACCUACUGAAUUUGUUUCCAGACUGAUUCCCAAGUUGCUCGGGGAAGAGCAUUUCCCGUACCAGGUUAAAGUCGAUAGCGCACAUCCCUCUCUCCAGCCAAAGCCAGCUGCUGGCGCUAAGCUGCGCACCAUCUUGGCACGUAUCCAUCACUUUCAAGUGAAAGAGCUGAUCCUGCGCUGCAGCAGACUACGACCCAUGGAGUAUGAGGGAAACAAGGUCUUCAUCUUCCCGGACUAUACUAAUGAGCUGAUGACUCAAUGUUGUGCCUUUCGAAAUGUACUGCAAACUCUGCGUGAUGGAGGAAUCAAGUACUCCCUGCAAGUAUCUGGCUAGGCUCUAUAUUUAUCAUCAAGAUGGAAGAGCGCCUAAAGUAUACGACGACCCGAUGGAAGCAGCACGAUUCUUGGAAAGGAAUAACGCAUGCAAAAGGGAGUAGAUAUAUUGACACUGUUUAUUCAGCUUAUAUUUGUGCCGGUUUCCAUGUUGGGAUAAGGGGAAACCUGCUCGUUAUAUGUAGUUUUACAAUGCUGUAUGCUGCACUGGGAUUUAAUUGCAGAGAAUGUUCUAAAUAUUUCUGUUAUUAUAAGGGUAAAAUUUGAGUUGGUGUCAUGAAUGUUCAGCUUCAGGUGCUGACAUUGGAUAACUCUCCCCUGCCCUAAUAGCAUUUUUUUAACGGUAUUAUAUAGUUUGUGUUAUAAAUUUUCUCGGAGAGGGGGUUUGUGAUAACUGUGUAAUGUUAGUUACCUGCCCAACUGUUCCUUUUGGGAUGGAAAUGGAGAACCAUGUGUCUGGUUUAGGGAGACACGAACAGGGGUGGGUUAGAGUGUGUGAUGUUCUUGUUUAUGGCUCAGACAUGUUUUUUUUGUGUAUGUUGUGCUCUAUGAGGCUGCCAGCUAUUUUGCAUUGUUUAUUAUGUUUGUGCUCAACUCUAAUAAUCUCUUUUUUAUUCUCAUAUGCAAAGGCCUUGCGAUAGAACACAACUGGGGGGGGUAAAGAUAUUACAAUAGUCUCGUGGAACGUUAAGGGCCUUGGUUAUGUUGUUAAGAACGAUAAAGUUUUUAGACAUCUUAAAUCUCUAUCUGCAGAUGUGAUUUUUCUACAGGACUUGAUAGUUAGGGGGUCAGAUAGGUGAUUCUGUGGGCGCAGUCAGAAGACCCGGAUGGUAGUUUGCCUCCCUGGUGCCAGGGUCUGGGAUGUUUCUGAUUGCAUCCAAGAUAUCCUGAAGUGGGAGGGUGCAGAGCCAGAGGUCGUGGUACAUAUAGGUACCAAUGACAUAGACAGGAAAAGGGAAGAGAUCCUGAAAGGAGAAUAUAGGGGGUUAGGAAGGGAGUUGAGAAGAAGAACUGCGAAGGUAGUAAUCUCGGGAUUACUGCCUGUGCCACGCGACAGUGAGUAUAGGAAUAGAAUGAGGUGGAGGAUAAAUGCGUGGCUGAGGGACUGGAGCAGGGGGCAGAGAUUCAAGUUUCUAGAUCAUUGGGACCUCUGUUAGCGCAGGUGUGACCUGUACAAAAAGGACGGGUUGCACUUGAAUCCUAGGGGUCUAAUAUCCUGGCAGGGAGAUCUGCAAAGGCUACUGGGGAGACUUUAAACUAGAAUGGUUGUGGGGGGUUGGGAAUCAAACUAAAGAGACUAGGAGAGAGGAGGUUAGUUCACAAAUAGAGGAAGCUAGUAGACAGUGUGUGAGGGAGGAUAGGCAGGGGAAGAGAACGGGAGCUCUCAGAAUGAAGAUGUAAGGGAGAAGGAAGAAAAAGAUAACAAAGUUGUUUGCACCAUUAGGGAUAAACAGAGAGUAAGAGGUGCAGAGUUUCUUAAAUGCAUCUAUUUUAAUGCUAGGAACAUUGUAAGAAAGGUGGAUGAGCUUAGAGCAUGGAUUGAUACCUGGAAAUAUGAUGUUGUAGCUAUUAGUAAAACAUGGUUGCGGGACGGGUGUGAUUGGCAACUAAAUAUUCCUGGAUUUCGUUGCUUCAGGUGUGAUAGAAUCGGAGGAUCAAGAGGGGGAGGCGUUGCAUUGCUUGUCACAGAAAAUAUUACAGCGGUGCUUUGGCAGGAUAGAUUAGAGGACUCGUCUAGGGAGGCUAUUUGGGUGGAACUGAGGAAUGGGAAAGAUGUAGUAAUGCUUAUAGGGGUGUAUUAUAGACCACCUAAUGGGGAGCGAGAAUUGGAGGAGCAAAUUUGUAAGGAGAUAGCAGAUAUUUGUAGUAAGCACAAGGUAGUGGGAUUGUGGGAGAUUUUAAUUUUCCACACAUAGACUGGGAAACCCAUUCUGUAAAAGGGCUGGAUGGUUUGGAGUUUGUAAAAUGUGUGCAAGAUAGUUUUUUGCAGCAAUACAUAGAGGUACCAACUAGAGAAGGGGCAGUGUUGGAUCUCCUGUUCGGGAAUGAGAUAGGUCAGGUGACGGACAUAUGUGUUGGAGAGCACUUCGGGUCCAGUGAUCACAAUGCCAUUAGUUUCAAUAUAAUUAUGGAGAAAGAUAGAACUGGAACCAGGGUUGAGAUUUUUGAUUAGAGAAAGGCUAACUUUGAGGAGAUGUGAAAGGAUUUAGAAGGAGUGGAUUGGGACAAUUUGUUUUAUGGGAAGGAUGUAAUAGAGAGAUGGAGGUCAUUUAAAGGUGAAAUUUUGAGGGUACAGAAUCUUUAUGUUCCUGUAAGGUUGAAAGGUAGCACAUGCAGGGUUAAUGAUAAGGCACUGAGGAGUGCAGUGGAACACAGGAAUCUGGGAAUACAGAUACAAAAUUCCCUAAAAGUGGCGUCACGGGUAGAUAGGGUCGUAAAGAGAGCUUUUGGUACAUUGGCCUUUAUUAAUCAAAGUAUUGAGUAUAAGAGCUGGAAUGUUAUGAUGAGGUUGUAUAAGGCAUUGGUGAGGCCGAAUCUGGA